AUGCCAAAUUCCGCAUCAUACAGAACUGCGCUCGAAGUCGAAAAGGAGCUCCUCAAGAGCCUUGCCGAGAAAGAGCCCACGUUUGCUGAAAUUUCCCAUUACCUUUCGGAAUUCCGCUCUACUUGUCAGAAUGCUAUCCUUCAAGACUUCGAGACUGCCCGCUCCGUCGAUGUUGAACCUCGCCUGUGGGAUGCGCAUCUCAAGAUCAACACCCGAUUCCGCAAAUUGCUCUCUCGCUUCCGGGAGGAAAGCGGAAAGAAGAAAAAGCCGGUAGAAAGGCGGAAGCUCGAGAAACACUACCUCGAGUUCAUCAAAUCAAGUCAACGAUUCUAUCGAGCCUUCAUUCAACAAUUGUCCUCCCACUUUGGAGGCAUCCCGGAGCUAGAAAAGGUCGCGCGGAAAUUCAAUUCUGACAAUCUAUCCGCGGAGCCUCCGAUCCGAACUUCCGAAGCCCUCAAAAGGCACAUUCUUCAAUCAUGCCAUUCGACCCUCAUCCGUCUCGGAGAUCUCUCGCGCUACCGCGAGACCGAACUGGUCAGCAAGAACCGCAAUUGGGGUCCGGCCAUAGGUUACUACGACCUGGCCACAUUGAUCUACCCCGCGUCCGGUGCCCCUCAUAACCAAUUGGCGGUUAUUGCCCUCGCCGACGGGAACCAUCUAAGGGCCACUUAUCAUCUGUAUAGAGCGUUGGCCGCUCAAGAGCCCCAUCCUUCGGCCAAGGGCAAUCUUGAGAUUGAAUUCAGAAAGGUCAUGAAUGCGUGGGUCAAACGAGAGUUGAUUCGACCCGAAGACGCUGGCAUUCCCGGCAGGUCAUUGGCCCCUUGGUUUGUAUACCUUCACGCGCAGUGUUACAGAGGGAUUGAUUUCCCUGAACACGACGAGCUUGAAAGUGAAGUCCUGAAUCAACUUGCUGUGGACUUGAAGGAACGCUCUCUGGAAGGUACAUUGCAAAAGUUCUGCCUGAUCAACAUCGCUGCCGAGGAGUUCUCGCGGACACAGACGAGCGAUGAUUCCACAUCCAAUGCGCGUUCCUUCUUCCAACGGAUCAACGUGAAGACAUUCUUCACAUUGCUCCAGAUUCUCCUGGCCGAAGUCGAACGCUUUGCGGUUGAGGACCCCAGCAACAAAGACGCCCAAACCGGACCUGAUAAGGUUACUGUUGUUGCACGACGUGUCCUUCCGGCGCUACGGAACUACAGCUCUUGGCUCCUUACGGCCAGCAGCCUUUUGGUGUCCUACCAAGGGGAAAAGGACAGUCCUCUAGCAGUCCAGAUCAUCGAGUUCUGGAAGAUUUACGCCAACACUUUAACCCUUCUUGCGUCGACGUUCGAUGUAGUGCAUCUGCCUGAUAUCGACUAUUUGCUGGAAGAGGAUGAAGAGACCCUGUGUUUUGCGCCCUUGGCCAAAGAGGCAACUUCCCGGAGGUACUUCAGCUCGACUGGCCAGCAGAAGCCCCGAAUGAACGAUCCUGGGGUAGAGAGGAAUCACCCCAACAUGGAGAUGCUCUACCGAAUCCGCGAGUUUGUUAUUGAUGGCUUGGAUCUCGUUGUGAGCAAUAAAAUACCCAUUGCCCUGGUGGACGAUGAAGACAAGAAAACGUUUAUUUACCAGGAAGAAGGGCUCCCUUCGCAAUUCUUCGCCAGUCCAUCGGGCCAUCACCAUACGAUCUCAUCCGCUAGUAUUGAACGGGACGACAUCCAAAAGGCAGCCCCUGAUCCUAGCCACAACAUUGACACUAGGAGUGUCUUUGGUGGUUCACAGGCCGCCUCCGCAUCGAUGUCAGCUAGCAUGCAUCGGAUCGUUGAAGGUGUGGAAAGAUUAGUAGAAUCCGACACCUACGAGAAUGCUCCGGCCAUACCAGAGCAGCUGGCUUUUCCACGGAGCAGCAAUCAACAGCGACCAUCCAGCCAGUUCUUCGAUUCGAGUAUGGAUUCAAUCUUCCAAGAGGAUAUCCUUCCCAGGCAGACCCCUGCUGCUCCCCCUGGACUCGUACCACCCGUGACUGGCUCUGCACCUCUCGUCCGAGUGUCGUCUUCCCACUCUUACGCCGCCCGGCCUGCCCUUCCUGGUAUCCCAAGCAUCUGGAACACAGCUCUAUCGCCGGAACUCGGUGAUGCGCCUUCGCCACGGACUCCGCCAGGUCUGGGACAACAGUACCCGGCUUCUAUGCUGCCUGGAAACAUUGCCAGCCCCAAUCAUCAUCUACCAUCUCAGGAUAUGAUCGCUAGCGAGAAUGAGCGCAUGCUCCGGCAGAGCAUGAUGAAUCAAGCCUUGAGGCACAGUCCGCUCAAUGGACCUAGUACCAUACCCUCCUCCUGGAUGCCCUCGCCCAACUCUACGUCGCACCACCGCCUUUCUGGAUUCUCAUGGGACCAAAGCUUAGUAGACGCUGCUGCAAACACACCUGGUUCCUUAGGAGUGUCCAGCCAGCCCAUGUCUAGCGGACUAAGUAAUGCGUCUUGGGCCAAUAAUGCAUUCAUCGCCAGCAGUUUCCCCUCCGGAGCAGGGUUUUCCAGUUCCGGGUUUACCAACACUCGUAGAUCCGCCACGCAAUACGGAGCCAUCGGGCAGACUCCUCCCUGCGGCCACGGAGGCUGA